CAACAGCAACCUUGAAGCAAGAGUGAUUGCCGAAGACAUCAGAAGCAACUGUAUUAGUAUGUCUAAUCUGACUGAAAAUUCAAGUCUACUCACAGUAGAUCUGUAUGUUGAUCUAAACGAAGCUGAUCUAGUCAGGUUAAAUUAUCGGUGCAUGACGGAUGAAUACAAGACAAUGAUAAAACUAGCCGCAAAUUGUGCCCUAGAUGUACCUUUCGACCUAGAUAUACAAGAGUCACUUCUGGAGAUUCAUAAAAAGAUAGAAGAUAAAAUAACGAGAGAUCGAAUGAAGGAAAUUAAUUAUUUCAUACUUAAAAUGAUAGAAAAUGAGUUGAAACAAAAAGAUGACCCACUGUAUCAGCCGCAGCGAGCCGCUAAUGGUAAUGCUCUCCCGCUCUUUGACAUAAGAGAAUACCGACAUUUUGAUAAGUUACUUAUAUUAGGAAAGAUGGUGGCGUUAAUGGAGGAAGCAGACUACAUGAAAUUUCGAAAGGCCAUUGCUGAUGACAAAUUAUCAUAUUCACCGGUUCAGCUCGAUUAUAUCCCCUCCCGAUAUUUUCUCAUUAAAUGCCUUCUUGAAGAUGAAAAAAUUGAUGAAAAGCUACAUCUGAUGUACAAAUGGCUUGACAAAACUGGCUGCUCUAGAUAUCGAAUAUAUCUGGAGGAGUACAGCAAGAGGCAUGACUUUUCUAUUCCUAAACAAGAUAUGAUAACAAGAAUCGCAAUUUACAUUUCAAAUUUAAAGUAUCCAAAAACAUUCUGUUCAUUAUUGAUCAUUCUUAUAGUUAUAAUUGUGGCACUUGUUGUAGUGCCAAUAACAUAUGGUCAGUCAUAUGAUACAAUGAAAAGCUUUAGCUCAAUGAUUGGUGCUAAUACCACAGUUCUGCUUCAACAAGAAUGCAAAUCAGCAAAUGAAUUGAAAGACCUUGAGUCAGUUACUGUCUCAACUGAGUCUACGUCAGAUUAUGAUGUUAUAAUAUUUCUAACAAAUUAUACAGUCUCAAAAGUUCCAGUUCAGUUACCACAAAGAUCUUUACCGUAUCCUUUGAAAGGUAGACACAAUUUUGGUAUUAACUACUAUCGAAACGACCCAAUCUAUACAACUGGUCGUAGCAUACUAUCUUACACAGUUAGCGUAACUGCUGAUGAUGACAAUUCCACAGAGUGUCCAGUAGAGUUUUACCUAUUUGAUAACAAUAAUACUUAUCGUGAGUUUAUACGUUACAUUGAUAAACGUGUUCCAAAUUACAUUAAUUGUUCCUCCUUGUGCAAUGAAGAAAAUAGAAUCGUUGAGCCAGUACAAGAAUUUAAUUUCUCAGUCACCACACCAGGCUUCUACUUUGUUGGAGGAUCAUUGCAAGAUGAAGUAUCUGUUAACGUUACUAUAUCUGCUGAAUUACAAGCAUAUAAAUAUUCAUCACAUCUACAGCCUCAAU